AUGAAUGUGUCAGCAGUCGCACGAAUCGAAGCUCUGAAUAAAGAAAAUUACGACACAUGGCGAAUGCACAUGGAAGCGUUGUUAAUAAAGAACGAUUCGUGGCAAUAUGUGAACGGCGACAUUGUGAAACCGGAACCGGACGUAAAUAACGCGGAAACAGUGAGGACAUGGGAAAAAAAUGAUGCGAAAGCUAAAUCCGACAUCAUCUUGUCAAUAGGCGCUUCAGAAUUGAAACAAAUAAAAGGGUGCAGUACGUCGCGAGAAAUUUGGCUGAAGCUGGAAAGAAUCUACGCUUCAAAAGGACCAGCACGAAAGGCGACGUUGUUUAAAACAUUGAUGUUGCAACGGAUGGGACCCGGAAUGGACAUACGUGACGUCACCUCAGACAAUUCUUUGACACUGCUGACAAAUUAUCUGAAAUGA